AUGCUGCGUCGCCAGCUGUCGCCAGCCUCACUAUGGCCUAGAAGCCCCGUAUGCCUAUUCUGCGCUGCCCGCAGCCAGAUACAUCCGCUGCAACGCCAAACAAUUCGAUUCAAGUCUGAAGGCGCUGUCAAAAUCAAGAAGCAUGUUGUCAAAAACCGGAAGCAGAAGGCGGCUACUCAAGGGGGGGAGGUAGACGAAGAGGACGGAUCACAAUCGAUCAAGGAUGCCCUUCUUGGUGGCAAGAAGAAGAGAAAGAAGAGAAAGGGCGAAGAACAGGACUUUAUCCCAAUCAGCACCCUAUACCCCUCUGACCUCAAAUUCGAGGCCGUCGACGUCGCCAGGCCGCCUGUUCCCAUGUUGUCCUAUGGGCUCGACCGCGUUCUGUUCAACCCCGGUGUAUAUCGCCUACAGGACCCACGCUCGCGAGUGUACAACUUUGAUCCAUACCUCGAGAAAAUCAUGCCGGCGAAUGAGUUUGAUUUUGACGCCUUGAGCGAGUACAAGACCUCUUCCAAGGACAAAGAUCUGCUGGCCUUGACAAAGCGAAUUGGCACAAAGUUCACCGGCUCUACAUCCAGCAUGUCAAGUAUGCUUCAGCACUUUCAUUAUAUCCUCUCCAACUUCCGCAAGCUCAAUCACGGCAUGCUCUCUCGCCAGUUUCCGGAACCUUCACCCAAGUUUUCCAGGAUCACACUUGGUCCCAGUGCCGUCUUCCUCCGGCACAAGGAUGGCACCUAUGCGAUAGACGCCGACAAGUCUUACGAUAAUCCCAACAUCAUGAGCUGGCUGGGUCACUCGCUGGAAAAGCUCCUCACAACCGAGCGCAGCGAGUUUGAGAAAUUCCGAAAGUCAAGCCCGGACAAGGCACCUGCUGAGGAGAAUGCCAGUCGUUGCUACCAUUAUUCGAAACAAGGUAACAUCAUGAUGCGCUCACAAUUAGACGCAAUUGACCCGCGAUUACCCGGAACUGGAGUCUUCGACUUGAAGACGCGAGCGGUUGUUUCGAUCCGCAUGAAUCACAAGGAUUACGAAGAAGGUGCUGGUUACCAACUUCGUCACAGUCUAGGCGAGUGGGAGUCGUUUGAGCGCGAGUUCUACGACAUGACGCGCGCGACCAUGCUUAAAUACUCUCUGCAAGUGCGCAUGGGGCGCAUGGACGGUAUUUUCCUUGCUUAUCAUAACAUCGAGCGCAUCUUCGGCUUCCAGUACUUGAGCCUCUCGGACAUGGACGCUGUCCUCCACGGCCAACAUGAUACAACUCUGGGAGACCAGGAGUUCAAGCUUUCUCUAAGUUUAGUUGAUGAACUUCUUGUCAAGGCCACUGAAAAGUUCCCCGAUACAUCUAUCCGGUUACACUUUGAGGCCCGCGAAGGCAAGACGCCCUUCAUGUAUGUCUUCGCCGAACCUGUCACCGAAGAACAAGCAGAAGAGAUCCAGAAUGCUGGGGAGGCAGCUCAGAAAGAGUUCGCACGGAAUGUAGUUGGUGUAGGAAAGGAUGAUCCUGAAACCCAAGCAGCUUGGCAGGAAGCUCAAGAUGACGUCGAUGAACAGAUCGAUGUUGACCAGAACCCUAAAGAAGUCGCUGAGCAAGAAGACGAGCCUUUGACUAGUUCCGGAGAGUCUGCCGAAGAGACUGCCGAGGAGACAGAGACUCUCACCGAAGACAUCGUGGAGCCCCCAUCAACACCUCAGGGCCCCUUGAUGGGCUGGACGCUGACUGUCCGCAAUCUGGUCAACGGAGGCUAUGUUGAAAGACCAGAGCAGCUCAACGAAUUCGAUGAUUGGAAGAUGGAGUACCAUAUCAAAGAGAUACCUGAAGAGACCCGAUGGAAGCUGUACAACGCGCUCAAGGCGCGAAGGCAUCAACUUAUUGGACAAGAUGAGGAACAAGUCGAUAAGGGCCUCAAACACUACCGCGAUUUAAUUCAACGCUAUAGCAACCGCGGACGUCAAUGGAGAGAAGAGCAAGACAGGCUUAACGCCGCAAAGGGUGUGCAGCUCUUCCGACCACUUGGCCCGGGCUCAGACGCCAUUGCUUCGCAUCAUGAAACUACACUGGAGAACGAUCGUACCGAGGAGCCUUACAGUGAGGAGUCCAAGCCGGACGAAUCACUCUCGAAGGAGAAGAAAGAGGAAGUGCUGCAUGGCUUGCCAUCAGUGCCAUCGUAG